GUGACUGAUGGUUAAUAAGCAGCCGGGUGGCGAGUAUAAAGGCCCCACCGGGCGCUGGAGCACCCGUCCCUGCUGCCUGCCUCCUGCCCUGUGAGACGAGUGUCCCCAUCAAGGACCGAGGCCCAGACCAUGUCCCGCCUGGUGGAAUGUGUCCCCAACUUCUCAGAGGGAAACAACCAAGAGGUGAUCGAAGCCAUCUCCCAGGCCGUGGUGCGGACCCCGGGCUGUGUGCUGCUGGACGUGGACGCCGGCCCCUCCACCAACCGCACCGUCUACACCUUCGUGGGGCGGCCAGAGGACGUGGUAGAUGGGGCCCUCAACGCCGCCCGCGCCGCCUUCCGGCUCAUAGACAUGCGCAAGCACAAAGGGGAGCACCCUCGCAUGGGCGCCCUGGACGUGUGCCCCUUCAUCCCGGUGAGGGGUGUCAGCAUGGACGAGUGCGUGCUCUGUGCCCAGGCCUUUGGCCAGCGGCUGGCAGAGGAGCUGGGUGUGCCCGUGUACCUCUAUGGUGAGGCAGCGCAGAUGGCCAGCCGCCGGACCCUGCCGGCCAUCCGAGCCGGGGAGUACGAGGCCCUGCCUGAGAAGCUCAAGCAGGCAGAGUGGGCGCCCGACUUUGGCCCCAGCUCCUUCGUCCCCAGCUGGGGGGCCACAGCCACGGGGGCCCGGAAGUUCCUCAUCACUUUUAACAUCAACCUGCUCAGCACCAAGGAGCAGGCGCACCACAUAGCCCUCAACCUGCGGGAGCAGGGCCGCGGGGCCGACCAGCCAGGACGUCUGAAGAAGGUUCAGGGCAUUGGCUGGUACCUGGAUGAGAAGAACCUGGCUCAAGUGUCCACUAACCUGCUGGACUUUGAGGUCACGGCCCUGCACACGGUCUACGAGGAGACUUGCCGAGAAGCCAAGGAGCUGAACCUCCCGGUGGUGGGCUCUCAGCUGGUAGGCCUGGUGCCCCUGCAAGCCAUCCUGGUCGCUGCAAACUUCUACUGCGAGAAGGAGAACCUCUUUGUCCUGGAGGAGGAGCAGCGGAUCCGGCUGGUGGUGAACCGGCUGGGUCUAGACUCCCUGUCCCCCUUCAACCCUAAGGAACGAAUCAUUGAGUACCUAGUUCCCAAUGGCGGGCCUGAGCAGAGCUUGGUGGACAAGCGCCUGUGUGCCUUUGUCCGCGAGGUGGGUGCCCGCUCAGCGGCCCCAGGGGGUGGCUCGGUGGCAGCAGCCAGUGCGGCCAUGGGCGCCUCGCUGGCCUGCACGGCCGGCCUGAUGACCUACGGAAGGCGACCGUUUGAGCACCUGGAGGCAACCAUGCGAUGCCUGAUCCCACCCUUCCACGCGGCCACAGCCCAGCUGAUGGCGAUGGUGCACCGCGCCAACGCCUUCGCUCUAUUUACACGCCCUCCCCCUCGCCCUCCUCUGGGACAACUGUCACGCAGCCGAGGGCCCGCCCCGCCCGGGCGUGUGCCGCCAACCCUGCCGCCAAUCAGGGGCCAGCUUCCUGCCCUCGCGCACGCGCACACGUGCUGGAACCGCCCGGGCGGAGCUCCGCUCCUGCCGGCCUCCGAUUGGCGCGAUGACGCUUCAAUCAGCGGCGCGCGGUGGCCUCGGACCGCUCUACGGUUGGUCGAUUUUAAAGGACCGAGGCACCGCCCCGUCUGCGCUGGCGUCCCCGGGGCGGUUUUGCUCCCGGAGCCCGGCCCCUCGGCCGGUAAGCAGCGCCUGGCCUCCGCUGCAGUGGCCAUCUCGCGUCUCACCGUCUCCGUGUCCCAGAUCGCUGUCACCCUCUCCUCAGGGGGCUGAGCCCCGGUCACUCUGCCCCCCGACGCUGGGAUGCCCUUUCUUCAUUUCACAGUCGCAGGCAGCCAGCAAGAUCACUUGCAUUCUUUUCCCUGCUGUGUGACUUCACUUCUGCCUCGUUGCCUGCGGGCGCCUGGACGCGGGGAGAACAAAGUGCAAGGGCAGCCAGUAAUGAGUUCCAUGGGAAUGUGGGUCGGGACCCCAGCCACACAGAGCCCACUGGGAGUGGCGCCAGUCCUGGACUCAUGUAUUCUUCCGACUGGGGACAGUGCCACAUUGCGGUCUCAGGGUGUCUACUACCCCCCAGCUCGCAGCUUCUGGGGGGUGCGGCAUACGAUUUGGCCACAGGGUCCCACAGUCCUAGAUCCACUCCGACACCUCUGCCACAAAGCAGUGCCCUGGACAGAACAGUGGUAGCAGAGACCCCAUGCUGGUGGGGAGUUGUGCAAAGGGGCAGGCAGAGGCCCUGCAGGCAAGAAAGGCACAGCCAUUCCUGGACUCGGCAUCUGUCCCUGCUAGGACAGCCUCUGGAACCCCAGGAUGGAAGGGGCGCCACAGGCUGACCUGCCAAGUGGCCUGUGGUCUUCCUGAGGAGGAAAGUUUGGUGAGGAUGCAAUUUUAAACGAAACACUAAUCGUACCCAGUCCUAGAUCACCAGAGAGAGAACGCUGGUUCGGUGAAAAGUGAAAUCAGUUCUUCUCAAGCGGGAAAGGAUUACGGCUUUGACGUGUUUAGGAAAAUCAUUCCAUGAAUGUAUAUUGCAAAUGGUUAUUAAAAAGGAAUGUGCUGAGCAGCGGGAUGGCCCAGUUGAUUAGAGCGCGAGCUCUCAACAACAAGUGGGCUGCGCCCCCUGAAACUAAAGAUUGAAAACGGCGACUGUG